UAAGAAAAACAAGAACAAAUUAAUAUAGUUUAAAUUAUUAAUUUAUUUUGUAUAAAGUAUGUAUCAAAUUUCUAACGAUGAAGAUGAAUUUGAACCAAGAAUUACACCAAAACCUACAUCUAAGCUUGAUUGUUUUGCAGUACCAUCGGUCCCAGAAGUUUCUUUAAUAUUUGAUAAACCUUUAGGCUAUAAAACUAUAGAACGUACAGGCUUUCAGUCACCACCUGUUGAUCGUAACACUUCAACACAAAAGAGUAAUACUUCAUAUUCUUCAAGUGCAAAUGGAUCAUAUGCAGCAUGGAAACAACAUAAUUAUGUGUCUAGACCUUCUAACAAUAUUGGUAAUACAGUUCCUCAAAACAUACAAUCCAGUCAGAAUUAUGUUACACAACCUUAUUUAAUGAAAGAUACCACCACAGAGAGUCCAAAAGAAUCUAUGAGAAAUGAUCAUUGUUCAAUAAAAGAUAUUUCUAAUUCUACAAAUCUUGAAGAAAAGAAAUCUCAUAGAAGAAGUGAUAGUAACUCUUAUGGACAUAGCUAUCAUGUAUGUGAAAAUAAUAUAACACCUAUUGAUAAAACAGCUCAGUAUAACAAUUCAAUAGAACAGCGUGACUGUAUGUCUCCCACAUCACAUACUGUUAGAACUUACAUAGAUGCUGAUAAUUAUGCUGUUAAUAAGAGGGCACACUUCCCAUUAUGUGAAAAUCAAUUAAUAACUAAUGACUCUAAACAACAAAAUGUAUCAUUCAAUAACUCAGUUAAUGAACCGGAUAUACAAAACUCACAUAUCAAUCCUAAAAGCUUGAAAAAGAGUGAAUAUCAAUUACCACACUAUGUAGGACAGCAAUAUCCUUAUUUUAAUAUGAAUGCUUAUCCCUUUCCUCAAUUUCAUCCUUAUUCUGUUCAUAAUACAGAAAAUCAAGAAACAGUGAAGAACUUAUUGCAAAUUAUAAAUAGUCAAAAUGAACAAAUCAAAUCAUUACAAGUACAAGUGGAUAGAUUAUUGAAAAUGCAGGAGGAGAAUUUAAAAGAAAGAAAAAAGUGUUCAUGCUCUUAUCCAAUGCAACAACACAAUAGUCAAUUUUAUACAAAUUCUAAUGAUGCCUUGAAUAGUCCUAAUCAUAUUGCAGCACCAAAAAGCACAAAGAGAAAUAUAUGUCAAAAUGAAGUCUCCAAAGAUAAAAGGAAAGAAAAUUAUAAUGAAAAUGAAAACAUAAAUCAAAAUGAAUUGAUAUUGGCAGAAGCACAAGCAAAAAAAACAUUUAUGGAGCAGAAAGUUUCUAUAGGUGUAAUGACAAGUUUUGAGUUUACUGUACAAAAUAGUCCAUUUACACUAGAUGUUGAUGAUUGUGAAAAACAAGAUGGUCAACAAAAGAAAGAAAAUUUGAAACUAUGUAAUAACGUCGGUAUUUGUGACAAUAAUGAACCUUUAAGAAGAUAUAAGAGUUCGUUUACUCGAAUGCCCAGUGCACAAUUAGAAAAUAUAGUUGAAGAUUCAGAAAGCUACAUGUCAUCUAGUCAACAACAAAGCAGUAAUUUAAAUGCAAGCACAUCUACAAAAGAUGUGGAGAGACAAGCUUAUAUAGAUAUACAAAAAGAAACAGAUAUUCUUAGAUCUAAUUCGCCUAAAUUAGGCAAAAAUACGACUACAAAUUUAAAUCAGACUCGAGAUAGAAUACAAAAAGAUUUAGGAAGAAUUUGUACAGAAGAAGUGAGAAAUUAUGAUAUUGUAAAGGUACCAGCAGUACAAAGAAAUACUGUAAAUACAGAAUAUAAUGUUUUAGAAAAUAAAAAUGAUAAAAUAAGUUCUCCUACUAAUGCAGAUUAUUAUAAAAAGUUAAAAAUGAAAAAAGAUAGUGAUUCUAAUGGAAAAGCAAGUAAUUCUGUAAAUAGCUCUGAUUGUUAUAAAGAUUAUCAAAAGGGGAGACACACUUCUGUUGCUAAAGGUGUCAAUUGUAUUGAGGAUAGUUUGAUUUUAAAUGGUGGUGAUUUAAAAAUAAAUGAAAGACCACCUCCUACUCCAGAACCUAGCAUACAUGUAGAUAUGAACGAAUAUUCCAGUGAUGAUGAUAGUGAAAAAGUUAAACGUAGUUCAAAAGUGGGCUGGACGUUUUAUAAUAAUGUUCUGGGUCAGGUAAAUCAGUUGUUACAAAAUUCUUGUGUUAUAGAUGAUCAGCAACAGAAUCAAACAAAAAUAAAUCAAAACGAACGGUACGAGACUGAAAAUAAAGCAGUACUAGGUACUGUUAAACAUGCUACAUUGGAACAACUUAAAAAACUUGGGAUUAGUUUAAAUGAAAAUCCAGAAAGUAAAGAAUUGAAUAGCAGUAACAAGAUGGCGUUCGAUUUAUCGUUCUAUCCACGUUUGGAUUAUCAAGCAAAUAUGACACAAGCUACAAGUGGUGUAAAUGAAACAAAUACAAGUAUGCAUAUGAAAGCAUUGGCUUUAAAAUAUCUAACUGAUGAACAACUUGCUGAAUUGGCAGUACAAAAGCAAGGCUCAACGUCUCUGAAGCAUCUUAUGGUUAGCAAUGUGCAAGGCACAAAUAUGUCUUUUGCUACAAUGCGCUACUUAGAAAGAUAUCAGUUACUUCCAGGCAAGAACGGUAUUCAAACAGAAGAUAUUAAUAAAGUAGCAGUUGAAACACCAUCAAAAAUUGAUAUAAAACAUACAAAUCCAAAAAAUAGUCCUAAAGUAUUACAACGGUUUCCUUUCAAUCAAACGCCUAAAACGUCUUGUCCCAGUAAAAUUCUAGAUAUUUCAACUUUAAAACAACAACCUAAACUUUUAUAAAUGUUGAUGGUCUAAAUAUGAAACAUAAAUAUUCGAACUAUUUUAAUACAUUUUAAUUAUUUUUACUACUGACUACAAACAUUCGUUAGAAUUAAGAAUAAAUCGAUGUUCAGUAAGAUAUAUAUAUAUAUACAUUAUAUU